UUUGAGCCAGCAUUUUUAUUACGCAUAAAUUGGAGAGCUUUUAUGUGAGUAAAUUAUUUAGCAAAAUGUUUAGAUGGUAGCUAUACACAUUUUGUCAACUGUUUGAAGUUAUAAUGUAACCAAGCAUGUAGCAUUUGACCUACAUUGAUUAUUUAUCUGCACUCUGGAACAAGUCACCAACUGAAAGUUAAUUUUAUAAUAUUGUAAUACAUCCACCAUCAUCAUGUCUGCACCAAGGAGAUCAGCCGAUGAGCCUAUCUACAGAAUACCACCAUAUUAUUAUUUACAUGUAUUGGACCAAAAUCUAAACAUCACAAGACUAGAGAUUGGUCCACAGACCUUCAUUAGACAAGACAAUGAAAGAGUUGUAUAUGGACCUGAGCGUAUGAUCACUGUCCCCCCAAGGCAUUAUUGUAUUAUUGAAAACCCAGUACUGAAAGACAAAGAAUGUAAAGUUGUUUUUGACGAAAGUGGACAGGCCAAACUUGUACAUGCUGACCAGGAGAUUAGAUUGGCACAGGAUCCUUUCCCACUGUACCCCGGGGAAAUACUGAAACAGGUUGUAACUCCCUUGAAAGUGGUAGCUGCCAACUCAGCUCUUCGGCUCAGAGCUAUUUUAGACUUUGAAGAUGACGAUGAGGAAAAGAGAACAGCUGGGGAUGAGUGGCUAUUUGAAGGACCAGGAACAUAUAUCCCCAGGAAAGAGGUUGUUAUUGAGGAGACUGUCAGGGCCACAGUCAUUAGACCUAAUCAGGCCAUUAGACUGAGGGCCAGGAAGGAGACUAUUGACAGACAAGGUGUUGCUAGGGUAACUGGUGAGGAAUGGCUGGUGAAGAAGACCGGAGCUUACCUCCCAGGAGCUUAUGAAGAAGUUGUGGAUGUUGUCAACGCCUAUGUUCUAACAGAUAAGAAAGCCCUUCAUAUGAGGUCAUUGAGAACAUUUAAAGAUGACUUUGGUGUAACAAGAAAGAACGGAGAGGAAUGGUUGAUCAAAAUGACAGACACAGAAACACACAUACCUAAUGUGUAUGAAGAGGUUGUUGGAGUAGUGAAUAUUACCACAUUAACCAGCAGACAAUACUGUAUCAUCCUUGACCCUUCAGAUGAGCAUGGCAGACCACAACUUGGUAGAAAGAAGUUAGUUAAGGGUGAGUGUUCAUUCUUUUUGUUACCUGGAGAACGAUUUGAGAGAGGAAUCCAGAAUGUCUACGUUCUGGGAGAAGAUGAAGGUGUUAUACUGAGAGCUACAGAAUCAUUUAAAGAUACUGAUGCUGAUGUUGAAAGGAAACCAGGAGAUAAAUGGAUGAUCAGGGGACCAGCAGAAUAUGUACCACCUGUAGAGGUCGAGGUCAUCAUGAAGAGAACUGCAAUCCCAUUGGACGAAAAUGAGGGUAUCUAUGUCAGAGAUAUUAAAACUGGAAAGGUCAGAGCUGUAACUGGAGAAACCUAUAUGUUAAACCAAGAUGAGGAAUUAUGGGCCAAGGAACUUCCUCCUGCAGUCGAGACCCUUCUUGCCCAAGGAAAGGACCCUAUGGCUGACAGGAGUGACCGGUCCAAAUCAAGCGAUUCAUCAAAACCAAGGGACAAGACUCGUGUUGUCACAUUCAGAGUGCCACACAAUGCUGCAGUACAGAUUUAUGAUUAUAAAGAAAAGAAAGCCAGAGUUGUGUUUGGUCCAGAAUUAGUUAUGUUGGGUCCAGAUGAACAAUUCACACAGCUUAGUCUCUCUGGAGGUAAACCAAAGAAACAAAACGUUAUCAAAUCAUUGUGUUUACUUCUGGGACCUGAUUUCUGUACUGACAUUAUCACCGUAGAAACAGCCGAUCACGCCAGGUUGUCACUUCAGUUAUCAUACAACUGGCACUUUGAUAUUAAAAAUAAAGAAGAUAAGGCUGAGGCAUCUAAGAUUUUCAGUGUACCAGAUUUUGUUGGGGAUGCCUGCAAGGCCAUUGCCUCCAGGAUCAGAGGGGCCGUGGCACAAGUACAGUUUGAUGAUUUCCAUAAGAAUUCUGCUAGAAUCAUCAGAUCUUCUGUGUUUGGAUUUGAUGACAAAGACAAAGUGCGUGAAGUUUUCAAAUUCCCCCAAAACAAUUUGGUUUUCACCAGUAUUGAUAUCCAGUCUGUAGAACCUGUAGAUCAGAGAACAAGAGAUGCUUUACAGAAAUCUGUACAACUGGCCAUUGAAAUCACAACAAACUCACAGGAAGCUGCUGCAAGGCAUGAGGCAGAAAGAUUAGAACAGGAAGCUAAAGGAAGAUUAGAGAGACAAAAGAUUUCAGAUGAAGCAGAAGCUGAGAAAUCCAGGAAACAAUUGUUAGAAUUACAGGCAAACAGUGCUGCAGUAGAGAGUACUGGUCAGGCUAAAGCAGAGGCACAGUCCCGAGCUGAAGCUGCCAGGAUUGAGGGUGAGGCAGCUGUAGACCAAGCCAAACUGAAAUCACAGGCCAUGAAGAUUGAAGCAGAGUCUGAAUUAGAGAGAUUAACACAAGCCAGAGAGGCAGAACUUAAAUAUGUGAGAGAGCAGAACGAUAUGGAACUUUCAAAAUCAAAAGAAAUGUCAACCAUCGAAACAACAAGGUUCAAGAACAUGGUGGAUGCUAUUGGAGCAAAUACAUUGGCAACCAUGGCUUCAGCUGGACCAGACCAACAGGUCCGUAUGUUGCAGUCCCUGGGCCUGAAAUCCACCCUUAUCACAGACGGUAGCACACCAAUUAAUCUGUUCAAUACAGCUAAUGGUUUGAUUGGAGGUAUGAUGCCAGCAAAGAGGAGCAGGAGGACUGAUGACGAAGACGAUGAUUAAAACUUGGUGAUAAACUGUGAAGUAACACAAAAAUGAAGGUUGAACUUUGAACUUUAGUAACUAUACUGACUGAUAAAAUCCUUGGCGAAACUCUAAUGUUUAUUUUUGGUUGUACACAUUUCGUUAUCUUCUUCUGUAUUUUGUUGAAUAUAAUUUUGUUUCUUUUUGUUAUUUUUUGUUAUUUGAAUGGACAAAAUGUUUGAGGGAUAAGUAAAGAUGUGAGAGUGAUACUUGGGGAUUUUAGUGAAAGAGGUGUGAAAAUAAUAUUCUGAUAAAAGCAAUGGACCAAGUAUGUGAUAAAAAUUUAUAGUGCUCUCCUAUUUUCAUUGUAUAGUUUUAUAUCAUUUUCAUAUCCAAACUAUAAGUAGAAAGUUAUCUUGAUUCAUUUAUUUUGAUUAUUUAAUAACUUUUAUAUACUGUUAAACAUAAAAAGGACACAAAAUUUUUGUGCAAUAAUUAUUGUCUUACUCCAAAGUUUGGCGAAUAAGUCAUAUAUGUCUGUUAUUUAUAUUAUUUCCUGUUUACAUACAGCCACUUUUAUAUUGACUAUUGUAAGCACCUAAUACAAUCAUAACUGUAAAUACCGUGAUUAUAUAUUGUUAUAAAUCAUGUAAUGUAUGGUUAGUUGUAGUGGAUUUAAAAAAAGGUAUAAAAAUACUUAUAACAGAAAAGUUAAUAAAAAAAUUAAAUAUAA